AUGGCCUCAAAAAAGAAGCGAACGCCCAACGUGCAGAAUGAUAGCUGGGUUGUCAUUGCUGCAGGCUCCGUCAUAGACAACCAGAGGACGGACAAUGACCCGACCUUUGUGAGAUUACGGAAUCCAGCCACAGAUGUAGCCUCCAUGUACAUGCUGGGUGGCGGCGGCGGUGAUGGUGAUGUGCAGCUUUAUGAAGUCAAAGCAUUUGAAGAAGACUUCCGCUCCUGGUUUGUUGGCCAGAAAGUCCAAAGAGAUGGGAGGCUUUUGUUUGUCACUCCGAUGGAUCCUCUCUAUCUCAUUUUGCCGUAUUUGAUGAAAUCUGGAAAGGAAGGCAAAUUCCAGCCAGUGGAGCAAAUGGUGAUGGACGAAGAGUUUCCAGCAUGCACCAAGCUGCUGAGUUGCACGCGUUCUUUGGCCUCCAUGCAUCACAUCGCUGAUGAAAAAGAGGUGGGAAACCUCAAGUUUCACCGAUACAGCCAAGAAAAAACAAUGGCUUGGUUAAAGAAGAAGGUGGAAAAAACAGCCAUGGUGCUCAAAAAGAAGAACAUCUCUGUGGGGGAGGGAAUUAAAUCUUCCACAUAUCUCCGAGUCAAGAUGGAGUCAGACUCAAGCCAUGAGGACUACCUUUGCUAUGCACAUGGCCUGAUAUCAGAGUACAUCUGCAAAGACCUGAGCAAGGACCUGCGGCGUCACUUGCAAUUACCGGAACUGACAAAUCAAAAGGAGACUGAACCACCUUCAAAGAAACGAAAACUGUCUGACAAGCCGGUGGAGGCAGGAGAAGACUACACCAAAUUCAACAGUGAAACCUUUGCUCGCAAACCACCCAAGAAGAUGACAGCCGCACAGAAGAAUCUGGCAAAGGUGGACAAGAGCGGCAUGAAGACAAUGUCCUCCUUUUUUAGCCCAAAAGUGAAAGCGGAAAAAAAAUGA